AUGGCUGACAAAGUCCUGAAGGAGAAGAGGAUGGUUUUUGUCCAAUCAGUGACCGAGGGCACCAUAAAUGGCUUGUUGGAUGACCUAUUAGAGAAAAGAGUGCUGAACCAGGAGGAGAUGGAGAAAGUAAGACGUGAAAAUGACACAGAUAUGGAUAAGGCCCGAGCUUUGAUUGACUCAGUCACUCGGAAAGGGGACAAGGCAAGCAAAGUAUGUAUCGAUCACAUCUGUGAAAUCGACUCCCACCUUGCAGAGAAGAUGGGGCUGCCCUCAGGUGCACAAUCAAAAACUGAUCAUAAUACACAAGGCUCCCAAGCAGAGAUCCUUCCCUUCCCAGCUCCCCAGGCAGUGCAAGACAACCCAGCUAAGCUUGCAUUCCCAGGACCAGGAGGAAGCCUCAAGCUUUGCCCCCCAGACAUAGCCCAAAAGAUAUGGAAUGAAAAGUCAGCAGAGAUUUACCCAAUAAUGGGAAAGUUUACUCGGACACGUCUUGCCCUCAUUAUCUGCAACACAGAGUUUGACAAACUUUCCAGGAGAGCUGGAGCUGAUGCUGAUAUCAGAGGUAUGAAGAUGCUGCUAGAAGAUCUGGGAUACACUGUGGAUGUUAAAGAAGAUCUCACUGCUUCGGACAUGAAGGAAGAGCUGAGGGCCUUCGCUGCCCGCGAGGAGCACAAGACCUCUGACAGCACGUUCCUGGUGUUCAUGUCUCACGGUAUUCGAGAAGGCAUUUGUGGGAAGAAACACUCUAAGGAAGCCUCCGAUGUAUUAUACAUCGACACCAUCUUUCAAAGUUUGAACACUUAUAACUGUCCAAGUUUGAAGGACAAGCCCAAAGUGAUCAUUAUCCAGGCCUGCCGUGGUGAGAACGAAGGGGUGGUGUGGUUGAAGGAUUCAGCAAAAGGUUCUGAAAACGACUUCUCAUUGGCUCCAGAAGAUUUUGAAUAUGAUGCCAUUAAGAAAGCCCAUAUAGAGAAGGAUUUUAUUGCUUUCUGCUCUUCAACACCAGAUAAUGUUUCCUGGAGACAUCCCAAACACGGCUCUCUUUUUAUUAUUAAACUUAUCAAAAAUUUGCAAGAAUAUGCCUGGUCCUGCGACAUGGAGGAAAUUUUCCGAAAGGUUCGGUUUUCAUUUGAGUCACCUGAUGGUAAGGCACAGAUGCCCACCACCGAAAGAGUGACUUUGACAAGAUGUUUCUACCUCUUCCCAGGACAUUAAUAUAAGAAGCCAGGAGUCCUGUCAUCCUGUUCCCGCUUUUGGAAUCAUGUCUGCAGGAAACAGACAUUUCUUUCAACAUUCUAAUAAAUC